AUGUCUUCGGUCUCAGCUUAUUACAAUGGAAAGACCGUACUUAUCACAGGAGCUACAGGUUUCAUGGGCAAAGUACUGGUGGAAAAGCUUCUGCGCUCCAGCCCUGAAGUGAAAGCAGUUUAUAUACUUGUCAGGCCAAAGGCUGGACAGUCAAUGCAAGAGAGAGUAGCCAACAUGUUGAAAUGCAAGGUCUUUGACCGGGUCCGAGAAGAUUGCCCUAAUUUCCACGAGAAGAUUAAGCCUAUUAACGCUGAACUCACUCAACCUAAGCUGGCCAUCAGUGCUGAAGAUGAGGAGGAGCUUCUGACCCGGGUCAAUAUUGUCUUCCACUGUGCAGCAACAGUUCGCUUUGACGAACCCCUGAAACAUGCCCUGCAACUGAAUGCAAUGGGCACGCAGCGGCUUCUGGAACUGGCCCGGCAGAUGCAGAACCUGGAGGCUUUCAUCCACAUCUCCACCGCUUACGCAAACUGUGUCCGGAAAUGCAUAGAUGAAGUCAUCUACCCACCCCCAGCUGAACCCAAGAAGCUCUUUGAUUUGGUAGAGUGGCUGGAUGAAUCAAUCAUUCAAGACAUCACACCCAAGCUGCUUGGGGACUGGCCCAACACUUAUACCUACACCAAAGCCUUGUCAGAAUACCUGAUUCAGCAAGAGAAAGGAAACCUGAACAUUGCUAUCAUCAGGCCAUCCAUCGUGGGAGCUAGCUGGCAUGAGCCUUUCCCAGGUUGGAUCGACAGCUUCAACGGGACAAGUGGAAUAUUUGUUGCGGCGGGCAAAGGGAUUCUGCGGACCGUCAUUGCCAACAACGAAGCCGUGGCAGAUAUGAUUCCAGUAGACGUUGCCAUCAACCUCACCCUUGCGGCUGGGUGGUACACUGCUGUGCACAGACCAAAAAACCUAUUGGUGUACAACUGCACUACAGGUGGAAUCAACCCUUUCUUCUGGGGAGAAAUGGAGCAGUACGUCAUGUCCACGUUCAAAAGGAACCCGCUGGAGCAGGCUUUCCGGACACCCAACGCUCACUUGACGUCCAACUACUUGAUAAACCAGUACUGGAUAACUGUCAGUCACAAGGCACCGGCCAUACUCUAUGACCUGUACAUGAGGCUCACGGGGAGAAAGCCCAGAAUGAUGAAGGUUAUCAAUCGACUGCACAAGUCUAUGAUGCUCCUGCAGUAUUUCUCCACCCAGUCCUGGGACUGGUCUUCAGAUAAUAUGAAUAUGUUAAUGAGUCACCUUAACACAGAGGACAAAAAGUUAUACAACUUUGAUGUUCGUCAGCUGCACUGGUCAGAAUACAUUGAAAGCUACUGCCUAGGUGCUAAGAAGUACUUGCUAAAUGAGGACAUGGCUGGCAUUCCAGCAGCAAAGCAGCACUUACGAAAGCUGAGGAACAUCCGAUAUGCAUUCAACACCACCCUCCUUGUGAUCAUCUGGCGCAUUUUCAUUGCAAGGUCACAGAUGGCUCGAAACAUCUGGUACUUUGUGGUGAGCCUCUGCUACAAGUUCCUUUCCUACUUCAGGGCGUCCAGCACCCUCAGGCACUGAAGCCACCCAUCAGCAACUGGUCUCUUCCAGAAGGACCACCAUCUCCUCUAAUCAGCAACUAUGGGCAUUGGGGUCUGAAAGUAGCAGAAAAAUCCACUCCCUCCAACAGCAGCCUGCAUUUAUUGUGCACUGUUAUAUGUUCACCUUUUUAAUUUUAACUAAUGCUUUAAUACAUGGUGGUCUUUCUUCCAUAGGACCAGGCCAAUUUUUAAAGCCAUAACCGAAGCUUUAGGAACAGGUCAAGCUGGAACCAUUCAUCUAGAGUCUGACAUGUAAGAGUAAUGAUUAACCAAAGUCAUUGUCUUCCCGUGUACUACCUAGGCUAUCUUAAUCCCAUCUUCUUCCUCAAAAGAGGCAAAUUUAAAGCAUACAACCUUGGAAGAAAAGGAUGCCAUCAAAGACGACCCCGCCAAGGUUAUUAACUUGUAAGAGGUUUUCCUAAAGAGGCCAUUCAUUCAUUCUCAUUCAGUGAAAUGGUACUUAAUGAAAAACUUGAUUUCACUUGUUCAGUUUUCAGAACUUAAAGGAGGAAAAAGAUCAGUUACACUAGGCCACUGAACACACUGAACAUUUUUCAGGUCUUGUCUUAGAUUGCUACUGAGGACUGAUACUUUCAAGCCAUAACUGAAGACGUGCAUAGAAUUCAAGUACCUACUCACACACACUGCUUUCUUAUGGAGAGGUAUUUUUUUCUCUCUGUGGUUAAGUUUCCAGUCUAUUAAAAUGCCCCGUUCUUGAAUUUAUCACAUUUGCUUGAAAAAUGCUCAAUUUACCUGAGAAUGAAGAGAAGACUUCUUAAAAGAUAGAAGAAUUGAGAAACUCUUUAAUAUUGUUGGAGAACAGGUCUUUUUCCUCCUUCAAGUUGUCUGCAGAAAACUUCUUUCCCUGUAGCUCAAAACCAGCCUGAUCCUAAACUGUCCUUCAAGCUUUCGUUAGAGCUAAACCACUUUGCAGUUGAGCACUUCCACUGGCAGAGAAAGUGUGAAAACAUGUGUGAAGGAAAUCCCAUCAGGCCAGUUCUACUGCUACUCCUGUAGGUAGGAAUUAAAAAGUCUGAAACUUGUUUUCAUUGAAAAUAGGAAAGGUUUCAUUGACUUCUGUGUAAAAACAAUCAUGCACUGUGAAGGUAAUACGUUUUGUCCUACAUUGCAGUUUAGAAAGGAACCCAAGGAUCUUCCUAACACUCAUGACUAUUGGAGAUAGUUGUUUCACCGAGUGAAGUACGAAUUCCUCUGAAGGGAGAGAGAAAGAGAGAGCGCUGUAGCUGGUGCAACAAUGGCCUUAGUGCAACAGCAACAGAUUCAUCAUGCUAUCAGAUUUCCAAAGUCAAAUCUAAUACUGGAAUAUUUUUUAUUCAGAUAACACUGAAUAAGCACUUUAAGAUUACCAGACUUUAAAGCAACUAGUUUUUGAAACAAUGCAGCAUCCAGUUUCUCUAGUCUUGUGUCAUGCUAGCUGUCUGAAAAGGGGACGCUGCAUCACAAAAAAAAAAAAAAAAAAAAAAAAAAAGACACAGUUGCUCUUUUGAGGGCUGAGAAUAGCAGAGUAUUUACAAAGCUGGCAUUCUUCAAAAAUUAUACUUGUUUUUGUCAGGGCAGGAACAAGUUAGGAUGACAGUAUAUUUAUAUCCUAGGUCUCCAAGCUAGUUCAAAAGUCUUUCUAAAGGUGCAAGGAAUUUAUCUUCCCCCUCCUGCUCCAGAGGUCUACUUUCAAGUAGUUGCCAAAGGAUACCUGCAGCAGAACCUGACCAGAGAAACCGUGUCCCAGAUGGCAGGGCUCUGGCAUUCCCUAGCAAAGGCCCCUUCGUUUGUCACAAAUUACUUCUGAUCUAUGCUCAAUUAGGUCAAGUACCCAGUUUACAAAGAUGCAAAUUUUUUAAGCUCUUGCCUUGAAAACAUAACUUUCCAAGUGGAGCUGUGCUGGUUGUUAGCUACACUUCCAACUGCAGAAGCUGGCAGAGCGUGCUGUGCAUCGCCUGUUAGCAAGUAUCACUGCGUGAGAAACUAGGAGCUAUGGGUUUGGGUGCUGGGGACCAGAUAUUUCACAUACAGCGCUUCCGCAGCAGUGUAUAUGGUGAAGGUCAGCUGCGUUACACUCGGCUAGGCGGAGAUCGUGGCUAACUUGGCGAAGCGAGGCAGGUGGGUCUAAGGCUUCCUCUAGGAAGGCUGUGUUCCCUCAAGUAAAUAAUCAGGUCAUCAGCCAGCUGCCAGUCUUCUCAUUUGAAAGGCUAAAAAACAAAACCAAACUGCAGAUGAUUUUGAAAAAAAUAAAAAAAACUUCAUUAAAAAAAGGAGGUAAGAAAUUUAACUCCUAUCCCAGAUGUCUUUUUACGCGCCUGCCUUAUAUACAAAGAGAAGAGGUCACUAAGAGGGUCAGAAGUCUUCUGCUGUGCACAAAAGCCACAAACUUGAGUCUCGCAGAAAAGUGAAAUACUGCAGACCUGCUACACCUACAACAGCUGACUGAUGAAGACCAGACCUACUAUGAGUAAAGUCCCCUGCCUUCCCUUCCCCGAUGCUGGUCAUGCCACGCAGGCCCCACAUACACCUCCAGGGAUUCACAGUGAUUUGCACAGUCCCAACAGGUCUGAGAUGUAUCUUUUCUCACCAUGCGCAUAUCCCAACCUGGUUUUGUGCACAUGCAAAAAAGAUGCUUCAGGUUUUAGUCAGAACAAUGGUGGCAUCACGCUCUUCUUAACACAGAUAUAUAACAUGCAGUAAAACCUGGAAUCUUUAAUUCGUUUCUCGUGGCUUGAGAUGUUUUCAGGUGGUUGCCUGAACUACAGAAAUAUUUCAGAAAAACCUCAAUGGUGAGACUGACACAUGGCAAUGGCCUUUGGGUGCUAGUUGUGACCGUCAUCAUGGAAAGCUGGACGUGGCAGGAGAACUUGUUCUCACCUCAAGCAAUGACUUACCUUUGAUCUUUUACUGUGUGCUCCUUGGGGUAUGUGAAUUUGCUCUGAAGAAACCCAAGUUUUGGGGAAAAGAACUGAAAGGAGACACCAAGUGACAGCCACUUCAUUUCUUCCCUGUUCUAGCCCUUGCUCUUUCGUCUAUUCUCACAAGCUUUGGACAAAAGAAAAGCCAAAUACAGUUGUUAGUUAAAUCAGAGCUCCUGUGGCAACCGUGCACAAAUUAACAUGAACAAUUCAGGAGUGGAUAUUACUUGUGGCUAAACGCUGGAACUUUUAGUACCUGUAAGGUUGAAGCUUUUUUGGUUUGUGGUGGGUUUUUUUUUUUUUUCCCCUACAGAGGUAGCACAGUUAGUGCUGUGGGGAGGAGAGAAGAGCAGGAGGAGGAUUCCUGCAGCCUCUGCUCAUAGCCAACAGAAGCAUUCCCAGGCACAGAGCAUCCAGCUCAACUGAGCAAAGAGAGACUCAAGGGAUCAGGGACAGAUGAGCUGCCAAAACUCAGAGGACUCUGCCUCUCCAGGAGUAGGGGAAGAGCUCCAUCAGCACUUUGUUAUCAGUUUGGUUUCUCGUAAUGAAACGUGUGAACUAAAAGGCUCCUCUCUCCUUCCCCCAGCCACCAACAGGCAGCAUCAGAGAACAAUAGCAGCAGUCGUUCUGCACAGAGGGCAAAAGAAAAUAUCUGCCACAAGACAGUAUAAUGGGAUUAUCCUCUGUAAUUGUUUGUACCCCAUGAAUCUGCCUUGCUGCUACAGAAAUAACAUGGACCUGCCGUAGGGUUUUGUUGAUGCUAUGCACAUACACUAGUCUGCAGGCUCUAGCUAUGAACUGCUGGGCGAAAGCAAUGAAACGCUGAAUAUCAUUUUGCUGGCAAAAAGCAAUGGGCAUAAGCUUGCAAUUGAGAAAUAUCUCUUCUUUUUUUUUUUUUUUUUUUAAAUUGCCAUCACAAAAAAAACCCCAAACCAAAUCCCUAAAAUUAAUAUGAGUUCAAACUGCCUUUUGACUGACAACCAAAGCUGUUUAUCUCCAGCAAGUCUGUUAGCAAAAAAUAAAAAUUCUCACCCCUCCACCCUCUAUCUCAAUAACUUUGUUAAGAAAAUACAAUUCUUUUUUGGUAGAGGUGGGAGGGUGAUAGAAGUACUGGUUUAUUACAGGUUGUUGGCACAUUACCCACCUCCUCAAUAAAUUUCUUUUUUUACAUUUUUCUCAGAAAACAUGAUUAUACGUGCCCGUGUGUGCAGUUACAUCCUUCACCACCAGUCUUCUCAUGCAACAUACAGAGAUGGUAAAAAUAGCGGAGCUCAUAAUGAAAUGCCAGGCCGUGCUUGUUUGGUAUGCACUGUUCCCAUUCAGUUUAAGGCAAUGUGACUAAAACCUACCCUACUUUCCUGUGUAAAAGGGAACCUGACCUGUAGUAUUAUUAUUAAUCCAAUCCUCAUCACAAAUAAGCAACUGGGAAAAGAGGGAGGGGGGCAUUCUUUUGUUUGUAAAUAAGCUACAGCUUCAUGGUCCAAAAAGCAUGCUGUUGCUCUUCCAGCGUUGACGUCCUACCGCAGAAAGCAAGGAUGAACUUUUAUUACAAUUGGACCCUUUAUGCUAGUGCAGAGUAAAUAACACACUCUACAUUCCCCAGAAGCUAAAUGGUGAAUAUCCCAUUACAUGGUGCUAAAUAUCGGUAUGAAGGUGGUACAGAUUUACUUAAGAGAAUUAAAAACAAAAAAAUAGGCGUAUUUGGGGAAUAAUUCAAGAUGUACUAUCCCACUUUUCUCUAUUGCUUAGAAGUCAACUAUGAAUUGAGUUGGUUUGUUCAGAUUAACACGAAACUACUUGUAAAAGGUUUCUUGUUCUUAAAUAAUCUUGGCAAACCCCCAGUUUAUAGUAAAAUAUGUACUCUCCCACUGUCCAAAGUUUAUAUGGUUCUAUCUGCUAUUUCUAUUCUCUUGUUAGCUAUGAGACAACUUACUGUUAUAAAUCUUAAUUACAAAGUUUCUAAUGUUAAGGUGUAAUCUUUUGAGUUUUCAAAUCAGAUAAAAUGGUAAAGUCACAAAUUAUGAGAACCUCAGCCAUAAAAUUGUUAAUAUGAUGUUUAUGUUAUUUUAAACAUUUAAUAAAACAAAAUAUUUUAAAACUA